AUGAAGCCCGUCGUCAGUGCCAUGCACGCUUGGUCGUGCACCGUCAUCUCCGUUUUCGCCAUAAUUAUUCUCAGUGUUCUUGCUGGCCUGUACCGAAGCGGACACGAAGAGUUUGUGGGCGGCGAAGAGGACCCUACGCCAGAGGAAGGCAAGGCCGUCGCUGGAACAAUCUUCACAGCCGUCAUUGUCUAUGCGGCUUUCCUUGUGUUCUGUGGUUUCCAAGGACUACUGCACGUCCGAGAGAACCGAAGGGGUGCAAUUGCCCUAUAG